GAAGCGACAAUGGCUUCCACAAAACGGCAACUCCCAGAACACGAGGUAGUGCAGAAGAAGGUGAAGGAAUCUGAUUCUGAAUGUGAUGCAUCCGUUUCUUCUACGAGGGUUCUUCUAAAUCCUGCCGACUCUGAUUUGGAUUUCAAUAUUGAAGGCAAUGGACUUGUUGGAUAUGGCCUUCAUGACCAAGGGUUUGCUUAUUGUUGGUCUGGUGCCAGAGCUACUGUGGGAAUAACUAGAGGUAGGUAUUGUUUUGGUUGCAAAGUUGUUUCUGAACAGCCAGUUGAUAUGGAGGACACUACCCCUAAGCUGCAACAUGUUUGUCGUCUUGGUAUUUCUAGAGGGGAUGAUAUGGUUGGAAGCCUGGGGGAGUCCAAACACAGCUUUGGAUAUGGUGGCACUGGCAAGUUUUCAAAUGCAGGAAAAUUUUCAAAUUUUGGUGACAUGUUUGGUAUUGGCGAUACAAUAGUUUGUUGUGUUGAUCUUGAAAACAAACCAUUGGCUUCUGGUUUCUCCAAGAAUGGUAAAUGGUUGGGUACUGCAAUGCAAUUUGAUGCUGCUCCUUUAGGUCUUGGAGUGUCAGAUUCUCCUUUACGGGGUUUGCAAUGGGAAUCAGCACUUUUUCCACAUGUGCUGUUAAAGAAUGUUGUGGUCCAGAUGCAGUUCAGUGCUGAAGAUGGACUUGUCCCUAUAGAAGGGUUCAAACCUUGGGCCUCAUCCAUUGACAAUAGAAACAUGGUUAUGGGACCUACUUUUUCUGAUCCAAGGGAUUGUGAAGUGAUAAUGAUGGUGAGGCUACCUGCAUCAGGCAAGACUACAUGGGCAGAAAAAUGGGUAAAAGAUCACCCAGAGAAGCAUUAUGUUUUGCUUGGGACAAACUCAAUUCUUGAUCAGAUGAAGGUACCUGGACUGUUGCGGAAAAACAACUAUGGUGAAAGAUUUGAUCGUUUGAUGGAUAGGGCAACUGGAAUCUUCAAUACAGUGCUAUCCAGAGCAGCUAAUAUUCCUCACAAUUAUAUAAUUGACCAGACCAAUGUGUACAAAAGCGCACGUAAACCUAAGCUGAAGCCAUUUGCUGACUAUCAGAAGAUUGUUGUUGUAGUAUUCCCGAAGCCAGAAGAGCUCAAGAGACGGUCUGAAAAAAGAUUUAAAGAAAUGGGGAAAGAAGUGCCACUUGAUGCUUUAAAUAACAUGAUAGCUAAUUAUGUUCUCCCUAAAUGCAAGGAUAUGCCUCGCUCAGAUGAGCUUUUUGAUCAGGUUAUGUUCGUAGAGCUGAACCGAGAUGAGUCUCAGAAAUAUUUGGAUCAGAUGAAGCAGGAUCUUGCAUCUAUAUCUAACAAUAACUCAUCAACAUCAUCCUGCGGGAGUUCUUUUCAGUCUUUUUCUGGAUCUCCUUUGCAAAACCAAGGAAGUUUGACAGGCAGUGGUAUUCAUGGACGAGGCUCUUAUUAUCCUCUCCCUCAAUCCAACUAUGGGAUGCCUAGUCAAAUUCAAUUUCUCUUGUUGAUUUUCUUCUCUAUCGCCGAAUCACAAACCAGAGCUUGAAUGCAGCAUUUACUUUCGUUUUUGAAGAUUCUAUGGAUUUAUCACCGAUCUCUAGGAUCUCAGAUUCAAAUCAACAACACAGGUGAUUGAAAGCAAAGGUAUGCCUGUUUUAUAGAUUUUUAUACUUUCUUUAUCUGAUUGCUGGAAAGAUGGAAAGGAAAAAAAUGACCAAAAUGCCUAUUUUAAAAUUUUCUCAUGUUGAUCAGUCACUAACCUUCUCGAUUUCUAACAAAAUAUUCAGAAUCCCUAACUGGUAAGUGUUCAUUCGUCACUCAUUUUUAUUAUAAAUUUCUACUUUUUUAUUUUAUUUGAAAUUCUUAGCAUAUUAGAUAAGAGAGAGAGAGAGAAGAGGGAAAUUGAUUGGUAACCCCAGUGGAAGCCAUUUGUGUUGGGCUAGUGUUGAAAGUUCUUGUGUUGCUGUUUAGGGCCAUGGCUUGGAGUUGGAGAUGUAGCUGUGUGGUCUUAGUUGCUGUAAUGCUUCUGCCACUUAUGGCUUCUGCGGGUUCUAUUGUGAAGAACCUACCGGGCUAUAAUGGUGACCUUCCAUUCAAGCUUGAAACUGGGUGAAUUCAUUUCUUCUUCUAUUGUCAAGACUAUUUUGUCACACUGUUCAUGCUUAUUUAUCGGAAUGCCAUGUCCCAAACAUUUAUACAAGAAGCUAAAUAAAAAAGACAAAAAAAAAAAUGAGAAGCCAAUAGUUUUAAGACUUGGGAACUGUGACCUUGCUCACUUUAUUUCAAUGCCAUCUUAUCUCAAGGAGAUGAAAAGUACAAGGAGAAGGUUAGUAUUGAGGAAUUCCUUUUCCCCGCUAUUUCUUAGUAACAGAUAACUUUUUCUGCUUCUGAUUAUUUAGCAACUUCCUUUAUGUUAUGAAAAUACAUCUGGCUUAGCCUUUUGCAUAUGUUUAUUGCUAUUGCACUCUAUCUCAUUGAAAAUGGUUCAGUCAGUGAUUCAAUACAUAGACUAAAGGAAUCUCAGUGAAGUGACCUUUCAUUUUGUUGCUGCAGGAUGUUACUGUCAUUUUUAGGAGGAGAGGUGGGGAUGAUCUUGAACAAAGUCAUACUAAAUGGGUGGAAACUGUAAAAUUGGCGCCAGAUAUCAUUAACAUGAACUUUACACCCAUUGUUUCUCUUCUUGAAGGAGUGCCUGGUGUAAAGCAUUUGGCCCGUGCUAUUGAUCUAUAUCUGGAGUAUUCUUGAGUGGGUAAGUUUUCACUUACCAAAAUGGCAUUAGUGCUUGUGGAUAAUGGUUACACUGGGACACUGGGAAGGAAAAGGAUUGUGGUUUACAACAAUGGGGAAGCUUCUCCUCCAUUGACUCCGUUGAAGAGAAUGUCAGUGGCAAAAUCACUCUGAACUCUGAAAGCUCUUCCCUCGAAACUCUUCCUUAAGACAUUCUGAUAAAGGUGUUGUGUGGUGUGGACCAUGAAGAUUUGAAGCAGCUUUUUCAUGUCUCCAAAACGAUUAGAAAAGCAACUCUGAUUGCGAAGCAGCAUUUUGACUAUUUAACACCGAAGAAGAAAAUUUUGGCUUUU